UAAAGUCGGAUGGUCAGACUUGAUUGUCAGUUUUUGCAACAAGACAAGUGGCUUAUUAUCUACACAUACUGAUAGAAGAAAACACAGUCUACGUACAGCAGUGAAAUAAGGUUUAAAUGGACGAGUUUAGCGCAAGCUUUCACACUCAGUUGACUGAGCCUAUGAGAAAGGAGUUAGGAAGUGUCCUCGCAGACCAGGAUGAGGUGGUGAAAAUGGCCUUGAGCGAACUGCUCUCUGAUAUCGAGGCUUUGGAGGGAGAUAGGAGGUUGGAGCAACAGCAGUGGCAGACGGAGAAAGAGAAAUUGAAGUUGGAGAUAGAAGCUGCUCGCAAGGAGGAGCAAAUCAAAUGUCAGGCUGCCAUUGAAGGAAUGGCUGCAAGGAUUAAGAAGGAGAACAUGGAGAGGCUGGAAGAGAGGGAGCAAAUGGAGGCUGAACACAAGAGCCUCAUUGCCAAGAUGAAAAGGGAUGAAGAAGAGAGAGAAACAUCCAGCAAGAAGGUGACAGAGGCUCUAUUGAAGGAGGUGGAAAAUCUGGAGGCCUCCAGGGACCAGCAGCUUAAAACAAUGAAGGAACAUUACGAGGAGGCCACAUCUGACAUGAACUUAAGGCUGAGGGAGAAACAUGAGAGAAUCUUAUCUCUUGAAGAGGAAAGGGAUGAAUUUAAAGCGAGCGUGCUGAAGGACUCUGAGAGAUGGCGUAGGUGGACCAAGGAAGUGGAAGACCUCGUCUUGUCUGGAGCUGUGACCACUGCUGUUAUCAAACAGAGGCUGAUGUCAGAAUUGAGGACUCAGGCUGAGACAUGGAUGUUUGGAAAUGCUUCAGAAAGUUCCACAGAUGGCCAUAUGAAGAGCAGAAAUGUACCAAAUGUUUUCCUGAAGUGGAGGAUUCGUAAUGAAUGGAGAAAACUCCAGGGGAAUCAGGCCUUCCUCAAUGAUGACCUUCAGGUACUAUAUACAUGUUUGUACCUUUCAAAACUGCCUUUUCUUAUCUGCUAUGCUUUAAAGUCUUCAAAAUGUAACUGUGUUUCUGUCUCAACAUUGCUUUGUUUUCAGAAUUUCUGCCUUAGCAAAGAAAUUGAGACAUUGAUACUGUCAACUAAUGCAGCUCAAGAUAAGAUUAACCAGAAGUAUAAGAAAAAGAUUGACAAAAUCAGAAAUGAGGCCAAGAAGAAGGAGGCCGAACUAGUUCAAGCUGAAUUGAAAGAGACAUCAAAGCUUGAGAAAAAGAAAAGAGAGAAAAUGGAAAGGAUUCAGGGUACCACAUUACAGGCUGAGCUGAAGGCAGAGAAGAAAAGGCAAAUUAAAAAGCAGAGAGAGCGCAAACGCAGAUAAAGGUAGCGAAAGAGCAGGAAAAGGCAGAGGCAAAAGAACAGCGUGAGGCGAAACGGGCCAAGACAGAGAGUAGAGGUCAGAAUGAAUCCCACACCGGCAGGAGGAGAUUCUUCAGGGCAUGCUUCUAGGUCAACUCAAGGUCAACCGCUAAAGAGAGCAAGGAGGAACACUUUGCCCCAAACCCUCACCUAAAUCAUCAAAAGAGAACACUAGAGAAAAGGGAGUAGGUUUUCAAAAAGGAGACCAGCAGUUGGUACCAGCUGGAGGAAGGGCUUUAGUGCAGUUUGAGGUUAAAAGCAAACUAUUUACACAGAGGCAUCGCUAAAAGUUCUGGGCCCCAUGAAAAUACGAUAUAGAAAUGAUCAGUUUCAAAGCUCCACAUUAGCAUGUUCUAUCGCUGGGUUCUCUGAAUCUUUUAGGGCCCUCUGCCCCUUGCUACAACCCUGUAUCAAUUUAGCCAUAUAAUGCUGUAUCUUUAUCUCACUAUAACCUAGCCUGCCCUCAUGUUUGAUCCAUGUUUGAUGCCCUCUCUCGCCCCCCUCUCUCUCCUGCCCUCACUUAACUACCUCUGGGGCUCUGGUCUGAGCUGUGGCCCGCCUCAUCCCAACCCGGAUCAAAGAACCUCUGAUCUGAAACUCAUCAUUGCUUAAGGGAAAUAAAGAUGCUAUUUAGUACAUUUCUGAUUCAGUUGCUUUUUUUUGUAUGUUGAGAAGUCUGAGAGGGGUGUGAAUGCAUUAUUAAAACUGAGAUAAGAUUGUGGGUUCCAUAAUAGGUCCUAAUUGUUUUGUUGUCAAUUUAUCUUCAUUAGUACGCCGACUAAAAGGAGUUUCUUUCAAAGAGCGAAUCGAGUUGUUGCACUGAACGUUAGCCAUCUUGACAGAAUGUUACUUGAUCAAAGCCAUAUGACGUCCUUAAACGCAGUUACGUAUGACAAAAGCACGGUGGGGCGAGCCCUCCCGGAAGCCAUAGAGAUUGCAUUGAGAAUUUUGUGAAAAAAAAAUGGAUUUAACAUGAGUCUAUAAGAGAGGUCUGGGCCGAUUUUCAUUUUGCCCAAAAUCGCCCCAAAAGGGGCGGGACCAUUUGAAGCACGACUUUAGCCUGAUUGGACAAUGACAUUCAGAGGCAGAUCAGACAGUCUAGUGGUAGAAAUGGACAGAAUUUUUUUUCUCCUUUUCUAGUUUUGGCAGUGCGUCGCCAAUAUGGACAAACCGCCCCUGGUUCAAGGUAGUCCAGAUUAUCACUAACGUCUCCUGAAAGGUAUGAUGAGUCAUACUGGUUGAAGUUCAUGCUCUCUCCUCCUCUCUUCAGUGUCCCUC